AUGCCUGGCGGCCAGAAACAUGGAGAGAAGCAUAUUGUGCGAGGCACCUAUGUUAGCUUUUCCUGUGCUAUCGCAUUCAUUAAAAGAUAUAGGCCUGAGUUGAGGGAGCUUCAGGGUGAUCUUGAACACCUUGAUAGUCGUUCUGAGACCUCAGCCUCUUCAGAACGAGUUCUGAGCAUGUCCUGCGCAAGUUCUUCGAGUUCACGAGCAAUUUGCCGGGCAGCUCAGCGCACUCAACAUGCCCUAGGCCACAUUUCAUGCUUCUUCAUCAUUCUGAGAUUUCAGCCUCUUCAGUCCAUAACAAGUUCUGAGAUAUUCAGGGUUCAGAAUAUUGAAAUGUAUCGCUUCAAGGGAGCAAAUGUGGCUGCCUCAGGGAAUAUUGAAAAGCCCAGUUUUUGGUGA